UAUAGACUAUCGCUUUUUCACUCAAUACCACUAUGGAGGAUUCCGCCGUUAUACCCUCUCUUUCUAUGGGCCCAGUGGGCUCUCGUUUUGUCUCUUCAGAUGAGAUAGAAACAGCCAAAGCUCGCAGAGACGAACAGUGGAAGGCCGCCUAUGCCAGAUUAGGCCAAGAACCUCCCCCACAACCUCAAGCGGACGCAUACGAUGGCAGGAGUCUAGCUGAAGUGACGCCGUUUCUGUGUCCUUUCAAGAAACUUGCAGCGAACAGGGCAGCGAAACAGGAAGAAUGGGAAGAAAAGUCCAAGCUCGCUAACCAGUUUCGUGCCCUUGAAGAGGACGAGAUAAUGUUCCUCGAUUCUCUACGGGAAAAGGAAGAGGCUGAAGAGAAAGCUAGGCAGGAACGAGACGGAGAAGAGGUCAAAGGCUUCAAGGAAGCUGUAGCUGCUCGCAUGCAAUUGUCUAAUGCGCCUCCGCCGUCGAUAGGGUCCUCAUCUGCAACAAAAUCGACAGUGUCGAAGAAGGAUCCAAAGGCUCCAGCUAUCGUAAAGAAAGAUCUCAAGAAACUGUCGUUGAAGGGCGUUGUGGUGAAGAAGAAGAAGAUCGCUUCUGCUGGUAAGACCGACGUUCCUGUAAUUGUGGAGGCAGCAAAGACAGUAAGAUCUUGGGACACCGAUUCCAAUACCGGUGACGGACCGUCAACCAAAAAGCGUAGAAUAUCCGAGUCGUCAGAAUCAUAGCUUAAAGACUUUGAGUGCUUGCUUGGGUAACAUAUUAAUCAUUUUAUCUCUGUGCUAGCAUUGUAGUACAGUCUGAGUGACACAAUACAAUCCUUGACGCAUUUGUUUGAUUCACCGUCCUUUCCCUGGAGUUGGUGUCCAUCUAACCUUGUUCAUAUCCCUUUCCUUA